GGUUAUAUAACGGGAGGGUGGUCUCUUUGUUUGCACUAGUCGAUGGAACUGCGGUGAAGAGCAAAGAUCCUAUAGCAGAGCUAUAAGAUCUUUGGUGAAGAGCGAGACUGUGAUUCAUCUGCAGGAGUGAUAGCAAACGUCGGCGGGCGGACAAAGAAUGAACUUGGCAAAGAUGUACUUAAAAGAUUUCAAGCAUUGUCGGAUAAAAAUUCACUGGGUGAGACCAUGGCGAUGAAGUUCAUGAUCCUAUGUCUGCUACAUGUGGUAGUCACAGCAGAUCCCAUGAAGUUGGAAGACCACACUUCCAGCCUGGCAGAAGGUACGGUGAACCUGGCCCUCAACCUUUUCAAGACCAUGGCCAAGGACGCAAAAUUCUCGACCGAGAACCUCUUAUUGUCCCCGAUGGUGGUGGCUUCCUCCUUGGGUGUGAUGUCUCUGGGUGCCAAGGAUAAGACGGCCAACCAGGUCAAGUCGCUCCUCAACACCAACCUGCGCGAUGACGUCUUCCUCCCGACCUUCUCGGAACUGUUCAACGAAGUCAGCGACGAAACCGCCCGCAACAGCACGUGGAAGAUCGGCAGCCGCCUUUACGGGCCAAACUCCGUCAAAUUCAACGAUGAGUUUGUUCAGAAGAGCAAGGCCCACUACAAGCACGAUCACUCCAAGGUGAAUUUCAGAGACAAGAGGAGUUUGGUCCAAUCCCUAAAUGAAUGGGCCUCUAAAACUACAGAGGGAAAACUCAAAGAAAUCACAAAGGAUGUCUCCAAAGUUGAUGGUGCUUUGUUCGUCAAUGCCAUGUAUUUUAAACCUCACUGGGAUGAAAAAUUCCACAAGGACAUGAUCGAUACAAGAGGCUUCUUGGUAACUAGAAGUCGCACUGUUUCUGUCCCCAUGAUGCAUCGUUCAGGAUUAUAUAACUACUAUGACGACAAGGUCAAUAAACUCCAGCUUCUUGAGGUGCCCCUUGCACACAAGCACUCCAGCAUGAUCUUCAUAAUGUCACGACACGUGGAGCCAAUGGAGAGAAUCGAGAAGUUGCUGAGCAAGGAACAGCUCAACAUUUGGUUCAGCAAGAUGCAAACAAAGGCCAUUAGUAUCUCUCUUCCCAAAGUCCGUGUUGAAGUCAGCCAUGAAUUACAGAAAUACUUACAGGAGCUGGGCCUGACUGAAGCUACAGAUCAGAACAGAGCCGAUUUCUCUGGUAUAACAGGGAAUAAAGAGCUCUACUUGUCCGGCAUGCUCCACGCCACAGCGCUAGAGUGGGACUUCGAAGGAAACGAAUUUGAUCCCGAAUUACAUACUCGCGAUGAAAUGAGAUCGCCCGAGCUCUUCUACGCAGAUCGCCCAUUCAUCUUCCUCAUCCGAGAUAACAAAACUAACUCUCUACUCCUCAUUGGAAAGUUAGUCAAACCAAAAGUAAACAACCAUGACGAAUUGUAAACUUGAAUUAAUUUUUUACAAAGUGUAGUAAUAUUCUGUACAAAUAUUAAUGACCUCACUUUCAGGUUACCCGUGUACUGGAGGUGGUGUAAUAAUGAUUCCUUCAUUGUUGCGGUGCCAUGGUGCAAAACAUCAAUAAUGUGGGGUCAAAUGGUUAACUGUAUUAGAAUCACUAAGGCUCGAGAAAUGCCCAAAAUAAUGCAUUUUGGUUCACUGAAAUAGAUGGCUAUUGCAAACCCCAGAAUAUUUAUGGGAUACAUCAUGCAGGAAUCAGAAUUUAAGAAUUUUGCAGACCUCCAAUUAUAUAUCCUAAACUUCCUCUCUCUAGAUAGGCGCAGUGUUAGAGCUGCUGCCUCACAGCGCCUGAUUCGGAUUAAAUCCCGACCACGGGUGUUGUCUGUGUGGAGUUUGUAUGUGACCUGCGUGGAUUUUCUCUGGGAUCUCUGGUUUCCUCCCACAUUCCAAAGCCCGCCAGAUUGCAGGUUAAUUGGCCUCUGUAAAUUGCCCCAAGUGUGUAGGUUGCAAAAGCAGAAUAUAUAACUAGGGGCGAUCGAUGGUCAGCGGGCUGAAGGGCCUGUUUCCGCGCUGUAUCUCUAAAUUAAAUUAAUAACUGGAUUUUUUAUUAAGUUUGAUGUCCCUUGUACAUCCUUAGAUAUUACCUUGAAGAAAACAGAAGUUAAUAAUCUGAAUGUCUUCACAUCAUGUAAAUGGAUCAAUUAUUUUUAAAGGCAUAGUGAUCUACAACAGAUACGACCUGUUUGUACGAGUGCGUUUGGAAAAUUAGGUUGUUAAUGUCGCCACAGGGAACAAACAUCCUUUCUAUGCAACAUUGGAUGAUUUCAAUUGAGGACAGCAUUGUUGCAAUUAAGUUUAGUUUAGAGAUACAGGACGGAAACAAGCUCCGUACAGAGAGCACCCGUAGUCGGGAUCGAACCCGGGUCUCUGGUGCUGUAAGCGCUGUAAGGCAGCAACUCUACUGCUGCGCCACCAUGCAAUGUUAUGUCUAUAUGUUAUGUCUAUUUUUGUAUUUUCUGACGAGCAGGACCAACCGAAUCCCCUUUCCCCAGUUCUACUGUUCUUAAUAAAAUGUGCACAAAUAA